AAAUGUCAACAUUGCAUGCCUGAUAAUAUAAAAUAGUUAUUUAAUAUCGUUCAUUAUUACACCGCAUCUUCUCAAAAUGUGCCCAGAGUUUCACCUUCUAAAAUAAUCUAACCAUUUUCAUCUGCAGAAAGUGGUAUUUAUGCAAGUGUAAGUGCGUGUCAGUGCCCAAACACCGAAGGUUCCAGUCUACUUUGAAAAGACUUGAUUUCUGCAAACAAACUGGCGGCGACAGGGUUUAGCGAUGAGGCCGUGGGGUCAAAGAAGCAUAAAAAACACAAGAAAGAGAAGGAUGAAAAACCCGGUCUGAAAAUGAUUCUCAAAGUUGGAGGCUCUUCAACGCCAGAGCAUAGUAUUGAUUCACCUUUAGCUUCGAAUUACAGUGUAACGCAAACCACUGGUGAUGAAGAAUCAAUGCACUCUGUUGGCUCCUUCCAGCAGAACAGCCGCCAAGAUGACUCUAUACUUUCAGACAAAUCUCAUAAGAAGCUUAAAAAGAAGAAGAAAAAGAAAGACAAAGAUAAAGAUAAAGACAAGCAUGACAAGAAAAAGAAACACCACAAACGAAAAAAAGUGAAGGAUGAAUCAAGUCAAGAUGAUGUAAGCCUUCUUGGGGACGAGUCUCUACUAGAGCCACCCACCAAAAAAUUAAUGAGUGCAGAUCAUGAUAACUCCUCUUUUGAUCUUUUAGAUACUAAUUAUGGUGAUGCUAGUCCUAACCGCAAUUCAAGAUCUUGCGUUGCUCGACAACGGCAAGAAAAGACAUCAUUCCAAAAACUCCUGGAUCACAUACAUCGAUGUCUAGAAAAGCGAGAUGCUCAACAGUUCUUUGCAUGGCCUGUCACAGACAACAUUGCUCCUGGAUACUCAGCUAUCAUCAGUCAUCCGAUGGAUUUCAGCACCAUGAAACAAAAAAUUGACGAUGAUAUAUACUCUUCACUGCAAGAAUAUAUCGAAGACUUCAAACUUAUGUGUGGCAAUGCAAUGGUUUAUAAUCAUCCAGACACUAUCUACUUCAAAGCCGCCAAGCGACUUCUUCAUGCUGGUGUGAAGUUGACUCACCCUGAUAAAAUUCGACCAUUGCGCACAGUUCUUCCUUUCAUGUCUGAGAUCCCUCGACAUCAGUUGGGUUUUGAUGUUGGAUCAGAGGAGAACGAUGAUGUAGCCAUGGACAAAGAGAAUUCUGUGGAUACCCCGAAAGAAGUAGAGAAACCCAAUGGAGACGUGAAACCAGUUCGAAGAGGUCCAAAUUAUCUUCCAGAGAGUAAGUUUGAAGCCAUUCCAGAUGAUUUGACGCCGGAUGAGUUACUGACCCAAUGCCAGAAAGCCGCAGCAGAUGCUGCCGAUAAGUUAGCAAAGAAAAAACCCAACACUAAGAUGGGAUUCCUCAGGCAAUCCAAAGACGGAACAACCUCCCUAGCAAUCAUUGUUCCCAACGAUGGUAUUGAUCCAGAAACAAAUGAACGUCCAAUAUCUCUUGGUGCUCUUGUCGGCAAGCUGAAUCAUGGAACAGGAUCUUUGCAAGGUUUUCGUGAGGAUAGAAGAAAUUUGACCAAACCAGUGAAACCUCUGUAUUACGGAGCUUUUGGGUCUUAUGCUCCCUCCUAUGACUCAACGUUUGCCAAUUUGUCCAAGGAAGAAUCUGACCUGGUUUAUCAAACGUACGGUGAUGACACCUCUGUCCAAUAUGCUGAAAGCAUAUUAAACUUUGCCAAAGACAGCGAUUACACUCUAACGAUGGUAGAUAAUUUAUUAGAUCUGUUGACGGGCGGAGAGCAUAGAAAGACUAAGAAAAUAAUAGAUGAAAAACGGAAGUUCAGGGAAGAGGAAGAAAAAAUCAAACAACUAAUGGAAAGCAAGCCUGCUGUCAAUAGUGCAAAUAAUGGAAAUGUGAAAGUUGAGUUAAGCCAGCUGAAGACUUUAUCCGACUUGGGAAUUGAUACGAGCUUCCUCAAUUCUUUUGAUAACGGUGACUUUGAUGUCCAAGAGCGACUUGACAAAACCAACGUUUUGAUUGACCGACUGCAUCAAGUGCAAAGCGAGAGAUUAAGUGCCCCACCUCCUCCUCAUCUUGCUCAUGUUCCUGCUCCCAAUGAAACCGAAUGUAUUCUUGCUGAUAAAAUUACUGGUAGUCUAUCUGAUCUCGCAAAGAGGGUGCCUCCGGGUGCAAUUGCGUCCGUUCCUGGUGUUCGAAAAGCAAUGGGGGUGGCAAUCGAGCCGCCAGUGCGACCAGUUGAGUCUAUUGAACGAACAGAGACCUCUCCGGCUGUGGAUUCAUCUCCUGCUCAGAACACCCCAGUUACAACUGCCAGCAAUGGAUGUAUAUCCGUCGAAGGUGGACCAGGUGAUGUUGUUGUAGGUGUGGACCUCGAGAGCGAACUGCGGGAAUUUCUAGAAUCAGAUCCAGCGCUCAGUAGCUUCCCGUUGCAUGAUGAUGUGGACGAUAAUACAAUUGAACAGAUGUUGUGCGAGUCUUAACCUCAGAAACCCUCUGUCUUCGAUCUUAAAUUAUUUUGAUUUGUAUAUAAGGUGUUUUUAAAAUUCCGACUUGCUCAGAAGAGUCAGGAGAUUAUCUUUAGUCCACUCCCUCAAGUAUUAUGUUGAUAAUUUUUCCCUGUACUUAUUUUGUUUGUGUGUAUAGUUUUAAAAUAAAAUCACAGUUUUUUACGUACUUAA